ACCACUUGGUCCAGUUCUAGUGCACACGAAAGGCGGAAUUUUCGGUGAAAAAUCGUUAUAAUUGUCGAUUACCUCUGUUUUGCUCUCUUUGCAAGUUGCGGGAAAAUGUUGGAAAUAACGUGCAACGAUCGUUUGGGCAAGAAGGUGCGCGUCAAGUGCAACCCGGAGGACACUAUCGGUGACCUGAAAAAGCUGAUCGCUGCCCAAACCGGGACGCGGUACGACAAAAUAGUGCUGAAGAAAUGGUACACAAUUUACAAGGAUAACAUCAAACUAGCGGACUAUGAAAUACACGAUGGAAUGAACAUUGAGCUGUACUACCAGUGAAACAGCAGGCUCGCACAGCUUUACAUUGGAGAAACAGAGGAAGUUCCUGUUGUGUGGGUUUCCUUUCGCGGUUCACCAAUCGCGUAUCCAUAACAACGCUAACAAAGUGCAAAAGGCUGGGCUACGGUAUGAAACAUUGUGGUAACAUUCGGAACGGCGUAAAAAAGAUGUUUCCGUUUGGAAAAAAGUCCAGAUUCAACACAAAAGAAAACUUAUAUUGUCGCAAAAAUAUGGUAAUGUUUGGUAUCAUAUUUUUUCAGUUCCAAACAAAUGUCUACGAUUAUAUUGUAAAAGGAUCAGAGUAAAAAAUAAAAUGUUAAGUUGCUUCUAACAAA